AUGAAACUGUAAGAGCUUGAUAACACUACGGCAUGUAGGUUGUAGAUUUGAUGUAGUAGUUUAUUCAUUCAGUUUAUUUUUGUGUCUCCAAUUAUUAUAUAGUGUGGAUACUGUUUCUACAGGGCCUGCAGUAACAGGAUUGAAUAUAAUGUAACAAAAUAUUCUUGUUCUGAAUUAAGACAGGAUCUUUCCAGGCUGCCAGCAAAAGGAACAGAGAGAAUUUAAAACUAAACAGUACAUGUUAAAAGAUUCCAGGGACUGAAGUUGUAGCACAACAAGGCAGGGAACUGUGACUGCAGUGAGAAAGAAGAGAUGCAGAAUGUGUGUGCAACAAAUGACAGAACAGAGCAGUGCUGUGGGGAGCACAGACAGAGACUGGAGUUGUACUGCCAAGAAGAUGAGGCCUUUAUUUGUGUCCUUUGUGUUCCCAGACACUCCAACCACAGUUUUCUGUUCCUGCGUGAGGCUGUCAGUAUGUACAAGGACAAGCUAAAAACAUCUUUAUCAUCCCUAGAAGUAAAAGUCAAGUAUCUUCAAGAUCUGCAGAAGACAAAUGAGAAGGAACUCCUGGACAUACAUGAAAAUGUUUAUAGUUUGGAACAAUACAUUAUGCAAGAGUUUGCAAAACUUCACUUGUUUCUACAUGAAAAAGAACAACUACUACUCCAACAGCUUAAAACUGAGGAUGUGGCAAGUCUGAAAAUAAUGGAAGAAAACCUUGAAUGCCCAAAACACGAUCUUAUGGCCCCUCACAUGGUGGUAUCUGAUGCUAACUUGGAGAGCAGGAAAGAAGUAGAAGAAACUGUGGAGGAGAUGGCAAAAAAUGCUGAAUACAUUAAAGAUUAUGUUAUGGUCACACGUGAAGCAGUGAUGGAAGACAAGUCAGAACCAAGAAAAUGUGAAACGAUUGGCUUCCUAACAGUUCCAGAAACCUUUGAGGAUGUUGCCGUUAUGUUCUCAGAAGAAGAGUGGAAGAAGUUAAGAAAACAAGACAAGGAGCUUCACAGAGAAGUGAUGGUACAGAACUAUGAAACACUGAUUUCAGUAGGAUACAAAAUCCCUCCAGAGAAGCUAAUACUGUUAUUUAAAGAAGAUCAUGAUGAACAAGCAAAGGAUGAUGCAAAGAGAAACAGUGUUAUAGAACGGAAGGAGAAUCCUAAAAACAAGCUCACCAGAUACAAAACUCACAGAGAUAAAUUGUUGCUACAUAAAGCAGAUAAUGAUGAACUGCCAAAGGAUGAUAUGGAGGGGAAAAAUGCCACAAAACAGAAGAACAAGAUUGACAAUAUGCAAAGGAGACACAAAACUCCCAGAGAGAAAUUGGUGCUACAUAAAGCAGAUGAUGAGGAACUGCCAAAGGAUGAUAUGGAGGGGAAAAAUGCCACAAAACAGAUGAACAAGCUUGACAAUAUGCAAAAGAGACACAAAACUCCCAGAGAGAAAUUGGUGCUACAUAAAGCAGGUGAUGAGGAACUGCCAAAGGAUGAUAUGGAGGGGAAAAAUGCAACAAAACAGAAGAACAAGCUUGACAGUAAGCAAAGAAGACACAAAACUCCCAGAUUGAAAUUGGUGCUACAGAAAGCAGAUAAUGAGGAACUGCCAAAGGAUGUUAUAGUAGGGAAAAAUGCCACAGAACAAAAGAACAAGCUUGACAGUAAGCAAAGGAGUAUCGGAAGCACAGAUUUCAGUGUGAAUUUCAGUCAGCAGACAUCACUUGGAACACCCCAGUUACAUCAGCUAUCGAAGAACUUGCAGCAGUGCACUCAGUCUGUGAUGGUCUCUGACAAGCUUCAUCUCCUGACUACUGCGCACCAUAAUUCAGGACAUAACUGCAGCAGAAGCCCUGAGUGUAACAGGGAAACACUGCCCUUACAUCACCCCACAAAGAACAUAGUGGAGUGUGCUCAGCGUGUGAAGGACUCUGACAAUCAUCAGUCCCUUGCUGUACAACUGCACCACUCAGGACAUAACUGCAAGAAGAAGUCAGAAUCUAACACAAGUUUUAGUUUACAGAAAAGUGCAGUAAUUCAUACAAGAUCUCACACAACAGAGAAACCAUAUAAUUGUUGUGAAUGUAGCAAGUGUUUUACAGAUCAACGAUACCUCAGACUCCAUAACGAGCUCACACAGGAGAGAAACCAUAUAAAUGUGAUGAAUGUAGCAAGUGUUUUGCACAGAAAGCCUACCUCCGUCUCCAUCAACGAGUUCACACUGGAGAAAAACCAUACAAGUGUGCUGAAUGUAGUAAGAGCUUUGCACAGAAAACCAUCACUUGUCAUCCAUAGACGUGUACACACAGGUGAGAAACCAUAUAAAUGUUCUGAAUGUGGUAAAUGUUUUAGUGAAAGACAAAACCUCAGAAUCCAUCAACGAGUUCACACGGGUGAGAGGCCACAUAAAUGCACUGAAUGCAGUAAGCAGUUUAACUGGCCUAGUCAGCUGAUCCACCAUCAGGCUAUUCACGCAGGGAAUACUAAGCCAGUGGAAAAAAAAUAUAAAUGUCCUGAAUGUAGUAAGUGUUUUGCACGUAAACAACACCUUAGACUCCAUUACCGAGUUCACACGGGGGAGAAACCAUAUAAAUGUGCUGAAUGUAGCAAGUGUUUUACACAAAAGCAGUAUCUCAGAAAACACCAACGAGUUCACACGGGGGCAAAACCAUAUAAAUGUGCUGAAUGCAGUAAGUGCUUUUCAGAGAGAAGAUAUAUGAUACGUCAUCAGGUCACUCACACCGGUGUGAAAACAUAUAAAUGUACCGUUUGUAAGAAGGGUUUCAUACAGAUGACUGAGUUACUAAAACAUCAAAAGGUUCACACGGGAGAAAAACGAUAUAAAUGUCCUGAAUGCAAUAAGUGUUAUAGAGGAAGGAGUGGUCUCCUGUAUCAUAGAAAUACUCACAAGGGGGUGAGACCAUAUAAAUGUCCUGAGUGCAGUAAGUGUUUUUUACGGAACAGUGAUGUGGUAUUUCAUCUGGUCGUUCACUCAGGGAAGAAGCCAUAUAAAUGUACUAAAUGCAGUAAGUGUUUUUCACGUCGCAGUCAUCUAAUAGGUCAUCAGACUGUUCACACAAGGAAAAUGACAGGAUUGGCAAGCAGAAAGGAGAGCAACACAGAAAGAUCCCAGAGAAUGAAGCUGGAGCACACAAGACAGGGAACAGACUGCAGCGAGAAAAAAGAAAUGCAGAAUUUGCGUGCUAUAAAUGGGAGAACAGAGCAGUGCUGUGGGAAGCACAGACAGAAAUUGGAGCUGUUUUGCCAGGAGGACGAGGCCUUUAUUUGUGUCCUUUGUGUUCCAAGACAUUCCAGGCACAGUUUUCUGUUCUUGCAUGAUGCAGUCAGUGUGUAUAAGGACAAGCUAAAAACAGCCUUAUCGUCCUUGGAAUUGAAAGUCGAGCAUCUUAAUGAUUUACAAAACAAGAAUGUGAAGGAACUGCGGGACAUACAUGACAAUGCUUCCAGUUUGGAAAAAUACAUUACGCAAGAGUUUACAAAACUGCAUCUGUUUCUACAUGAGAGGGAACAAAAACUACUCCAACAGCUUAAAAGUAAAGAAGCAACAGUUCUGAAAGAGAUGAAGGAAAACCUCGAAUGUACAAAAAAUGAUGCGACACUCACCCACAUGACCGUAUCUGAUGCCACCUUGGAGUUCAGGAAGGAAGUAGAAGAGACUAUAAAAGAGAUGAAAGAAAAUGCUGAAUACCUUAAAAAUAAUGCCAUAACAACUCGUGAAGCAUUACUGGAUGAUAAGCCAGAGCCUAGAAAACAGGAACCUCUUGGUUUACUAACAGUUCCAGAAACCUUUGAGGAUGUUGCUGUCACUUUCUCAGAAGAGGAGUGGAAGAAGCUAAGAAAACAAGACAAGCAGCUUCACAGGGAAGUGAUGGUACAGAACUAUGAAACCUUGAUCUCAUUAGGAUACAAAAUCCCUCCAGAGAAAUUGUUGCUUCUGCUUAAAGAGCAUCAUUAUGAGCUGUCAAAAGCUGAUGUAAAAGGAAACAAUGUAACAGAGCAGGGGAAUCCUGAAGAUAAGCAAGGAAACAAUGUAACAGAGCAGGGGAAUCCUGAAGAUAAGCAAGGAAACAAUGUAACAGAGCAGGGGAAUCCUGAAGAUAAACAAGGAAACAACAUAAAAGAGCAGGAGAAUCCUGAAGAUAAGCAAACAAGUACCAGAAGCACAGAGUGCAGUGUGAGUAGCCGCCAGCAGUCAUCACUUGAGAAACCCCAGUUACAGCACCAUACAGAGAAGUUACAGCAGGAAGACCAGCCUGGGAAAGAAUCCAAAAAUGUACAUCUCACUCUUGUAUCACAGCUCAUUUCUGGAUCAAGUAAGAGCUUUAAAUGUGACAGUGUGACAUCCAUCUUACAUCACUCAUCGGAGAACCUGCAUCAGGAGGCUCAGCUUGUGAAUGGCUACAAGAUUCGUCUCCUUCCUGCAUCACAGCUUAACUCCAGAUAUAACUGCAUCAAGCGCUCUGAAUGUAAGAAUGAAAUACCAGAGUUACAUCACCCUCUGCAGAACCUGCAGCAGUGUGCUCAGACUAUGAAAGGCUACAGCAAGAUUCGUCUCAAAACAACACCACAGCUUCCCUCAGGACUUAAGUGCAACCAGAGCUUUGUAUGUGACAAUGAGGCACCCCAGUUGCAUCACUGUACAGAAAGCCUGCAGCAGUCUGCCAAGCCUGUGAACAGCUACAAGAACGUGCAUCUGAUUCCUGUCCCACAGUUUCAUUCAGGACAUAACAAUAGGAGCCCUGACUGUAACACUGAAACACCCCCUUUCCGUCACCCCACAAAGUCUGUACAACAGUGUGCUCAGCAUGUGACGGACACUGUCAAGUUUCAAUCUCCUCUAGUAUCACAAGUCCACGCGGGUCAUAACUGCAACAAAAGCUCUGAAUGUAAAACGAGUUUUAGUGUAAAACAGAGUGCAGUGAUUCAGAGAUCUCGCACAGGGGAGAAACCAUAUAAAUGCAGUGAAUGCAGUAAGCAGUUUAUGCGGCACAGUCAGCUGAAGCGCCAUCUGACCAUUCACACAGUGAACAGUCGCACACGGGAAAAGACAUACAAAUGUUUGGAAUGUAGUAAGUGUUUUUUACGUAAGUACGACCUCAGAAUCCAUCAACAAGUUCACACUGGCGAAAAGCAGUACAAAUGUGCUGAAUGUAGUAAGGGUUUUACACGGAAACAAAACCUUAGAACCCAUCAACUAAUGCACACGGGGGAAAAACGAUAUAAAUGCACUGAAUGUGGUAAGCAGUUUAUGUGGCAGAGUCAACUGACACGCCAUCAGACCAUUCACGCAUUGAAUACACACAUGGUAGAAAAAACUUAUAAAUGUCCUGAAUGUAGUAAGUGUUUUUUACACAAGUACAGCCUAAGAAACCACCAACAAGUUCACACAGGAAAGAAACCCUAUAAAUGUUCUGAAUGUACUAAGUGUUUUACACAGAAACAAAACCUCAGAAUCCAUCAAAGAGUUCACACUGGGGAGAAACGAUAUAAGUGCACUGAAUGCACAAAGCAGUUUAUGUGGCGUAGUCAGCUGUUGGAGCAUCAGGCCUUUCACACCGGCGAAAAACCUUACAAAUGUCCAGAAUGUAGUAAGGGUUUUCUACGUAAACAACACCUAAUAAUCCAUCAACAAGUUCACACAGGGGCAAAACCACAUAAAUGUGCUGAAUGUAGUAAAUGUUUUACACGUAAACAGCACUUGGUAAUCCAUCAACAAGUUCAUACGGGGGAGAAACCAUAUAAAUGUGCCAAAUGCAGUAAGUGUUACAGCCAAAAAAAUAGUCUUCAGUAUCAUCAAAAGACUCACAUGAGGGAACUGAAACACCACCAAAAAAAGACGAAAUAGACCCAUUUUGGAGAAAUAUCUAUGAAGAUCCUUUGAAGUAAAACAAAGAUGUUAUAUGGACAGAAGAAGUAAAAGAAAGAAUAAGAAAGUCUAAUGUACAGGAUGUGAAAUGGGAUGAAGAAUGGCCAAAGAAAUUGAAGUAAAAUUAAGAAAAACUCCUGACUGGAUGCAGUACCUAACUUCUGGCUAAAAGUAUUAAAAUCUUUACAU